AUGGAGGAUGACGAUGUUGAGAUUGGUCCUGGCCGUGACAUUCCCACGGACGGAAUUCCGGUCAAUUUCGUGCCUGCCAAAGCUGGCGAAACUUUCAAACUAGGACUGAUAACCUGUCGCGUUUUGGAAGACGGGUCGCGAACCAGCCUCAAGGGGCCGCCGCCGCACUGGCAUGAAAUGCACGACGAAACUUUCUUGACGACGAAAGGAACUAUUCGCUACCACAUUCCUAAGCCUGAUGGCACCGAGGAUAUCAUUGACGCUAAGGAAGGUGAUUAUGUGACGGUGCCCGUCCGGGCUCCGCACACGUUCAGCAACCCAACCGACCAAGAGGCCAAGUUUUACAACACCUACACGCCGGCCUACUACAUCAACUACUUCAAGUUGCUAGGAACCUACGUGAAGGAAGGAAAGCCGAUUUCGCCAAAGGAGCAUCUGGACGCAAUGUCAAACUAUGCCACAAUCCCGGUGCCUCGCAAGUACAUGGAAAAGAAAUAG